AUGGAGGACGAAAAAAUCAAAUUAGAACAACAGUUUAAGUACAGAGCAAGAAGAACAAGAGAUGACGACUGUGCUGGUAUUGGGCCGAAGCCCAGCGAGGUGAGGGGCAGCGCAUAUUCUCCUGAUCAUAGAGAGAGUUACGUGAAGGACUGUGCUGGUAUUGGGCCGAAGCCCAGCGAGGUGAGCGGUCAGAUGUUCAGCAACCGUAGAGAGAAGUUAUGUGGGCCAACUGCAGACGAGGCGCGGCGCCUCUGCCGUGCUGCCUUCUUCUCCCCUCUGCUCUGCUUCGGCUCCCCGCUCCCCACGCCUCACGCCGCCUCGCCGAGACCCGCAGAACAGCUGGGUUCAGACUUCUUGGGCGAGAGCGAUAUGAGUGGCCCAAGUCAAUCCCAGCCACAAUUUAUGACCAGCGUUGGGAGGAGUAACCGCUCGAAUGGCCCCGGCACUCCUCUUAUCGAAAGCAUAGAUGUUGAUCAAAUUGUUAUUCCAGAGAAAAACAGUUGGAAGAACCUGUUCUCAUACAUAGGGCCUGGAUUUCUCGUCUCAAUCGCAUAUAUUGAUCCUGGAAACUUUGAGACGGAUCUACAGGCUGGAGCACAGUACAAAUAUGAGCUUCUUUGGAUCAUACUUGUUGCAUCCUGCGCCGCUCUUAUUAUUCAAUCACUUGCAGCCAGGCUAGGGGUUGUGACAGGGAAACAUCUUGCGGAGCACUGCAGGGCUGAAUAUCCCAAGGUCACAAAUUUCGUCUUAUGGAUUCUUGCAGAACUUGCUGUUGUUGCAUGUGACAUUCCUGAAGUAAUUGGAACUGCUUUUGCUCUGAACAUGCUGUUCAGAAUCCCAGUUUGGUGUGGUGUUCUAAUAACUGGACUCAGCACUCUAAUGCUCUUAUUACUACAGCAAUAUGGGGUCCGUAAGCUAGAAUUUCUGAUUGCAUUUCUGGUGUUCCUAAUAGCAACUUGUUUCUUAGUUGAACUCGGGUAUUCUAAACCAAAUGCUUCUGAAGUUGUGAGGGGCCUUUUUGUUCCAGAACUUAAAGGAAAUGGAGCUACUGGUCUUGCUAUCUCGUUACUUGGUGCUAUGGUGAUGCCGCAUAAUCUUUUUCUGCACUCGGCAUUAGUAUUAUCAAGAAAAGUGCCACGGUCGGUUCAUGGGAUCAAGGAGGCAUGCAGAUUCUAUACGAUUGAAAGUGCAUUCGCCCUUACAGUAGCUUUUCUCAUCAACAUAUCCAUCAUAUCUGUCAGUGGUGUUGUCUGUGGUUCAGGUCAUUUGAACCCAGAAGAUCAGGCGAACUGCAGUGAUCUGGACCUAAACAAGGCUUCAUUUUUGUUAAAGAAUGUCCUUGGAAACUGGAGCUCAAAGUUGUUUGCAGUUGCCUUGUUGGCCUCUGGUCAGAGUUCUACAAUUACAGGGACGUAUGCUGGACAAUAUGUCAUGCAGGGGUUUUUAGAUCUUCGGAUGAAACCAUGGAUACGUAAUUUUGUCACGAGGUCCUUGGCUAUUCUGCCAAGUUUGAUCGUGUCGAUUAUUGGUGGUUCUUCAGCAGCUGGCCAGUUGAUUAUCAUUGCAUCGAUGAUACUGUCAUUUGAACUCCCUUUUGCUUUGGUUCCACUCCUUAAAUUCACCAGUAGCAAAACAAAGAUGGGGCAGCAUACAAAUUCAAUAUUCACUUCUGUUCUGACAUGGGUGAUUGGCUCGUUUAUCGUUGUCAUCAACACCUACUUCCUGAUAACAAGCUUUGUGAAACUGCUCCUCCACAGCGGGCUGUCCACUGUAUCCCAAGUAUUUUCUGGGAUUUUUGGGUUCCUGGGCAUGCUGAUCUACAUAGUCGCGAUCCUAUACCUCGUCUUCCGGAGGAACAGGAAGUCCACCCAGCCAUUGCUGGAGAGCGAUGCUGAGCUUGCAGUGUCCGGUAGCAGUGCAGGUGCUGGAGCAGAAUGCUCUCUGGGCCAUUUGCCCCGAGAGGACAUCUCCAGCAUGCAACUUCCGCAGCAGCGAUCAGCUUCUGAUCUAGAUUAG